UUCUACUGUUUCAGCUGCCACAACUUCUUCCCAUAUGCAGUCGACUACACUUCGGUUGAGCAAAAAGUCUCUUAAUCAAGCCAGGGACCGUUUACUUGCAUUUCAAGAAGAAAAAAUGGAAGCGAACGAGGAUAUGAUCAUUAUCAGGGAAAAUGUGUCACUUGAAGCCUAUAUCAAAUAUUGUGAAAUUGAGCGAAAGCUCCCUGUUAGAAUUCGUUUGGUUGAAGGAAAAAUUAUAGCUUACGAAGUCCCUCUCACGGAACAUGGAGCAGUAGCAGGUGAAAUUGCGUUUUUGAUACGUUCCUGGAAUAAUCAACUACAUAAUGUACACGAGGAGGAUCUUAUUGUGGGAUCGAAUAGUUACUAUACUGCUGAUCUUACUAUCCGACCACGAGGACUUCCUAGACCUCCACCUGGCCAGGGAUCUAACUCAAGCGGAAACCCAUAUCCAACACUGGUUGUUGAAGUUGGCAACAGCGA